AAUAAACCUUAGGCGUUACCGAGAGUGGAUGAGGUUGAAUGUUGAUCGGUUGUUUUGAAAAAAAGUCUCUAAUUUUAUCAAUAAUUAGUGAAUCAAUUUAAUGUUAUUUUUUUCUUGUUUUUAUUGUGUUUUAUCAUUUAAAUCACCAUAACUCUAAAUCGAGAUAGAUUUUUAAAUUGUUUCAUUCUAUCAAUUGUCUAUCAAUAGUAAAAGAAAACAACAUAAGCAACUACACACAAGCAAAAAGAAAAUCAAUUUUUUUUUUGGAUACAAUAAAUAUUUUUCUCUCUUUCUCUCUGUGUUUGUGUAUCUCUCUGUCUCUGUCUGUCUGUUUCUAUUUUUCUCUGUUUCUUUUUCUCUGUGUGUUUUUUUUGUUAGUGAAAGUAUCAAAUAGUUGGUGAUUAUAUUAAAAAAAAAUGGAGAUCUCUAAAACCACAAGGAAAGCCAAUGGAGAUAUAUCAAACAACCUAACCACCACUGCAGAUAUUAUUAAUGAUAACAAUGAUCCAUCCUCAACUGAAUUAGCAACAAAUGAUGAUAUUAUCAAUAUGAAUCAAGUAAAUAAACCACCAGAUAUUGAACAAGAUCUCAAAGAAAUGGAGAGACGGAAACGAGUUGAAAUGGUUAUUAAUAGUCAAUUGUUUAGAGAAGAAUUGGAAAGGAUAAUUGAAUCACAGAUAAAUGAAGGUUAUUCUCCAUCAAGUUUAUCGGCUCUUCAACAAGUAACCGAAUUAUUGUUACCCAAUUCAGCGAGAAAUUCGUCCUUAGCUCGAUUUGGUUCCUCAGCGAUACCAAUCAAUGAUAUUCGAGGUGUUGAUGCCUUUAAUUAUGCUAAAGGCGAGAAAUUGCUUCGAUGUAAACUUGCUGCUGUUUACCGUCUUGUUGACCUUUAUGGUUGGUCUCAAAGCAUUUACAAUCACAUUUCUGUGAGAGUUAGUCAGGACCAAGAGCAUUUCUUACUAAACCCAUUUGGUUUACAAUACCAUGAAGUAACUGCCUCAUCUCUACUUAAAGUAGAUAUGCAAGGAAAUGUUAUCAAUCCAGGUUCCACUAAUUUUGGAUUUAAUAGAGCCGGUUUUGUUCUUCAUUCAGCUGUUCAUUCAGCGAGACCCGAUUGUAAAGCAAUUAUUCACAUGCAUUAUCCUUCCUGUGUUGCUAUUUCAUCAAUGAAAUGUGGUUUACUAAAGAUUAGCCAAGAAUCAGCUAUCAUUGGGGAUGUUAGUUAUCAUGAUUUCAAGGGGAUUGUGAUUAAUCCCGAUGAACGUGAAGAAAUCGCUCGUAAUCUUGGUCCAUCCAAUAAGGUCUUGUUCUUGAGAAAUCAUGGAGUUUUGACCUGUGGUGAUACAAUUGAAGAAGCUCUUCAUUUGAUGACAAAUGUGGUACUUGCAUGUGAAACUCAAGUAAAACUUUCAUCCAUUGGACUUGAUAAUAUUUACCAAAUGACCCAGGAAGCAGUUGAACAAGUUCGUAGUGUGGUGAAAGCCCCGGUAGCUAAAGUUCACGGUACUCCCAAGACCGAAGAAAGUGAAACAAAUAAAAUCAACGAUGUGACCAGAGAGACACUUAGAAAAUGGAAAGUCUGGGAUCUCGAAUUUGAAGCUCAGAUGCGGAUGCUCGAUAAUGCGGGCUUCCGUACAGGAUACAUCUACAGACAACCUUUACUUCGUGCUGACCAGCAAAGACCAAAAUACGACAUUGAGAUACCGCCCGCAGCAACUUCACUUAGCCAAUACUUUGAAGGAGACAAAUGGUUGAGUCCUUUAAAAAAAUUGGUCGAUGGAAAGAAAACUCAGGACAAACUUAAAUGGGUCAAUUCACCAAAUUCAUACCAAAAAGUGGAAAUCUCCGAGACCGGCACACUCGAUCCCAAGAAAAUUACCAAGUGGAUUCAAGAUUCUUCACCUUCACAUAGCAAUCCAGUUAAAAUUGAUAAUCCUCAUCAAUUUGUGCCUGUUAAUGGGGAUCCCGCCGAGUUUAAGCGAAGACAGGAAGAGAUGAAAAAAGUAAGAAUGCAAAAUAAAAUCUCCGGUGGCCCACAAAGUCAUAUUUUGGAAGGUGUUACAUGGGAAGAACUGAAUAAACGACAAACUGUCGGAAGCGGAGGAGGAGAUGAGACUGAUCAUGUAGUCCUUGUCGGUGCAGCUUCGAAAGGCAUAAUUCAACGGGAAUUUCAACACAAUGCAACAGUCUACAAGAGUGCAUAUGCCAAAAAUCCAUUCGACAAUGUAUCCGAUCAAGAAUUGGAAGAAUACAAAAAAUAUAUCGAAAAGAAACAAAGAGGCGAACCAGUUGAUGAUAUUCCUGAUCGUUUUAAACACCUUUUAUUGGAACCAGUGGUGGACCAUAUUAAUGAGGAUCAUACAAUCACUAGUCCUGUUGAACAAAUUAAAUCUCCUCAAUCACCAAUUUCUGAUGAAGAAAAAGCCUCCAAAUCUUUAUUGGAUCAUCCAAAAACUUCAGAUCUUCAGAUAAUUAUAACGCCGAGCCCUGAUGAAUUUUCUGAGUCUCGUAAAACUGAAGCGACAUCAACAUCUGAAAAGGAUAAAAAGAAGAAGGGAAUUCGAACACCAUCCUUCUUGAAGAAAAAGAAGCACAAGAAAGAGAAAGAAGAGAAGGCUUAACUUUCUUACUCAAAUAGAAAUUGUUUCCCAAAAUCAUCUAAUAAAUGCGAAUAAUAAUAAUUAAUUAUAAAAUGAGAACAGAGAUAAGAUGGAAACUGUUGAAGAUUGUAGAUGGUUUUUUUUUCUUCUGCCAUUGGUUCUUCUCUCUUCAAUCGGAAUCCAUGACCGGGAGUAUUGGUAAAUCUGCGGUAUAAUCACUCGAAAUCACCUUUAAAGUUUGAUUCUUUAUGCAUCGCUGUUUUGAUUGAACUUCAGCCAUCUCCAAUUGCAGCUCCUCAAUAAUUUUUUCUUCUGCCUUUUUCAAUUUACUCACUUUAUCCUUUAACUGCUUAAAUGUCUCCAACUGUUCAUAUUUGAAUGGCUUCAACAAUUUAGCAAGAAUAUUACCCUCAUCCAUUAAAAAAUUGAAUUCCCUUUUUGGAUUGACCGAUUCUAUUCGGUUCUUUAACUCGUCAUCGUUAAACAAUCCUUCAUAUUUUGGUCUCAGUAGAGCCAUAAUGUCACCAACAAAUUUAUCCUUCAAAUCAUUGUAUUUAUGCGUAUCCAACGCUUUUUGAUGAAUAAACAUCCGCAUCAAUGAAUCAAA